CAGCGGCGGUGGUGGCGGUGGCGGCCGGGGAGGGUCAGUUGGAGGGAGGCACUCGCUGAGGUAGCAGGAGUCUUUCGGCCCGAGGCCCCUAAAGGGACUUUAGCCCGCAGUGACUGGCCCCGCGCCUGACCCACUCUCUCUCAUCUACCUAUUCCUCCACCCACUCACCCCCUCCCAGCGGCAGUGGCAGCGGCGGCGGCGGCAGCGGCGGCGGCGGCAUCGGCAGCGGCGGCUACAUCGGCGCCACCUCCUCCUCCCACCCUGAGCAUAGCAGCCGAGGAUGAUAAACACCCAGGACAGUAAUAUUUUACCUUUGAGUAACUGUCCCCAGCUUCAGUGCUGCAGGCACAUUGUUCCAGGGCCUCUGUGGUGCUCCGAUGCCCCUCACCCACUGUCGAAGAUCCCCGGUGGGCGAGGGGGCGGCAGGGAUCCUUCUCUCUCAGCUCUAAUAUAUAAGGACGAGAAGCUCACUGUGACCCAGGACCUCCCAGUGCACGAUGGGAAGCCUCACAUUGUCCACUUCCAGUAUGAGGUCACUGAGGUGAAGGUCUCUUCCUGGGAUGCAGUCCUGUCCAGCCAGAGCCUGUUUGUGGAAAUCCCAGAUGGAUUAUUAGCCGAUGGGAGCAAAGAAGGAUUGUUAGCACUGCUGGAGUUUGCUGAAGAGAAGAUGAAAGUGAACUAUGUCUUCAUCUGCUUCAGGAAGGGCCGGGAGGACAGAGCUCCACUUCUGAAGACCUUCAGCUUUCUGGGCUUUGAGAUCGUGCGUCCAGGCCAUCCUUGUGUCCCCUCGAGACCAGACGUGAUGUUCAUGGUUUACCCCCUGGACCAGAACUCAUCUGACGAGGACUAGAUGCAAUGGAGGAGGCCACUUUGACCAGGAGCCACAGCAGGGGACUAGGGGAGGGUCGGGCAGCCCUGGGGUGGAGGGGGCUCCACGCUGCCAAGGGAAGGACGCUGCAGGGCUCAAGGUGAGGGUCUCCUAAUUGUGUUCUCGGAGUUGGCUCAUUGAAAUGUGUUUUCCAUAAACAGUAUAAACAUAUUAUCCACAUGUAAUCACCAAUAGUAAAUGAAGAUGUUUAUGAACUGGCAUUAGAAGCUUUUUAAACUGCGUUGUGUGGUGUGCCCUAGCCCAGGGGAGAGCAUCGCCUGCAGCGGGGGGCAGGCCCCAGGGAAGGCUGGUGGGCAUCACUUAAGGCUCUAGUUCCCCUGCUUUUGGUCUUUCUUUCUUGUUUUAAAGAUCGGUGUAUCUUUCUUUGCUCGUAGCCCAUCACUUUUGGGGCCCGGCCCCCUGAUAUAGCCCUUGAGAUAUGUAGCUAAGUUUGUUUUUUUUUCAAUAAAUGACACUUCAUUAUGGUCCCCUCUCCUAUGGUAUAUACCUUUGCCUUGGAGUAAGCAACACCAGUCUGUGUUUGACCCUCUACAGCUUUUGGUUAAGCAGGCUUAGUCUGGUCAGUGUCACCACUGCAUCUGAUAAAGGGGCAUUCGAGUUCCCUCCCACCACCAGGACUUACAUGUAGGGCCCAGGCUUCUUGACUCAGUUCUUUUGCCAGCACCAGGGGUUUCCACUCCUGGCUGCUGGCCUGGGAUCCCAGUGUUUCCUUCCUAGGCUUGGAGAGCUAAGAAAGCAACUCAAGGCCUGGGAGUAGGGAAAAACUAUUGUUUGGGGCUGGGUGAUAUUUGGGAUGAAGUGAGGUACUUCUCCGCCCCCCUCCUCCCACCCCCAUUCUCCAGAGCAGAGCUUGGCUGUCGUUCUCUGCCCUGCCCAGUCUGGGAAAGGUGGGAAGUAGAGGGGAGUAAGUGGCAGAGAAGUGGCCCGCACCCUUGUUUUCACUUAACAGCUUGUCCUUGGGGAGGAAGGGAGGGAAUCAUCGAGCAGGGAGCUGGUCUAACCCAUCCAAGCUGGUUAACUGGGUUGGUCCUUUUGGGGAGGGAGGGGUGGUAAGAGUGUGUUGUGUUACUGUGUCAAUAAACUGGUUUAAAGUUGUG